UCUCUCUUUCAUUAAAUAAAAGCACGAGCGCCCACCACCUCUUCUCCUUCAUUAUGAGACUCCAACGUUCCCUUUUUUCAAACACUAUGGAGCCACAGCCCCAGAUUUGAACACCCCCCCUCUCUCUCUUCCCUCAAAUCAAGAUGCCCAUUAACACCCACCCACCAGAACGCACACAGUCUCUCUCUCUCUCUCUCUCUCUCUCUCUGUUCCUUCAUGGGCUUUCUUCAUUUGAGGCAAACUCCUCUUCCAUGAAGAUCUUCAAGACUUGAAGACGCUCGCCCCCCAGUGAGACUGAGCUUCUGCAAAACCUCCACCGUUGAUGGGGUGCUUUCUAGCGUGUUUCGGGCUCUCCAAGAAGCGAAGGCGGAGAAGAAAGCCAAUCCAUUCUGAAGAUCAUGUUGGCCGGGGAAAAUAUGAGCCUCUGGAUAACUCGUCCCAACUAGAUCUAGAAAUCGCCCAGGACUCUAGCACAUCAACUUCUUCCUUGAGCAAGAAACAGUCUAGUGCGAAGACCCGAAAGAAAGUCCGGUUCAACUUGAAUGUCCAGACCUAUGAGCCGAUCCCGAUUGCGGAUGCUUAUUUCUCGGAGAGUGAUAAAGAGGAAGAUAAGAGAAGACCCGAGGACGAAACGCCCCGGUUAGAUCCAUCCCCAACACUACCUAACAAGGGUGGUUCGACUGCUUCAACAGGUGCUGUCUAUUCGGAGAACUAUAGGUAUCAGAACUGCAGAGACAGCUCUGAUGAGGAAGAGGAAUUGCUCUACGAUGACAGCGAUUUCGAACUCGAAGAUGAGGAUGAUGAUAUAGGCAGUGAUGACAAUAUCGAUUUUUAUGGCAACAUGCAGGAUUCUAGAAUGAGUCAGAAGCAAGUUCCCCUGCAAAUCACUUCUUCGGUGUCUUCGAGUAUGAAGGAGCAAGUUUCUCUGUGGCGGUCAGAUUUGGACAAAACUGAAAACCUCAUAUCCCAUCAUUCCAUGAGUGUCCUAGAAACGAAAACUCUGAACACAAGUGAAAAUGCUCGAUGUAGGACUCAAUAUGUCGACUCUGUGCUAAACCCGGUCGAAAAUCUUAUGCAGUGGAAGAGAAUCAAGGGGAAUGCCACACCGGUUAAGCACCAGCAAAAGGAGAACCUAGAAUUGGAGAAAAAAUUCAGCACGCCAUUUUCACUGAAUGCUAGCUUUAGUCCCCCAGCUUCCUCUUUGGGAUCUAAUUCAGUUGCUUCUAAACCUUUUCACUCAGUGAACACGAGCCUUUCGAACUGGUUGGUCUCGCCCGACACUGUUCCAUCCGAGAAUGCGCCUGUCAGUAAGAGCAGCACCAUCUUAUUCAGGACAGUUUGAUUGGAGCAAAAGCAUGUUUCAUUGAGCUGAUUUCAGUCACCAACAGAUGGGAUCGAGUUGAACUUCUUGGGAAUCGCAGGAAUGAUAAGGAAACAGCUGAUGAAACCCCGGUCUGCUGUAAUAAAGCAAUGCCCAUGGCACUGCAAUUUUACAACAUUGUGAUCAGGAUUUUCACCCAUCAUCCUGGAUAAAGACAAUAACCUUGAGUCACAUACAUGCUGUUAUCCAAUAUUUUGUGUGUUUUGAAUUAUAUUCUUUGCCUCUUACAAGGCAACGAUUGUUUCUGGUCUCUGCUUGUUUGUGAGAGAGAAUUUGACUAUUUCCCCUCUAUUUGGGGGUGCUUGACUACUUCUGGUUGUUCUUUUUUUCUUUUUUGGUGAUGAUCAUGUAUUGUUUGAUUGA